AUCCGAUCAUUAUUUUCCGAAAUAAAUCCAAAUGAUGAAAUUCAAUUAAAAUAUCGUGAUUUUGAAGGAGCUAUGAUUCAUAUUUCAUCAGAUGGAGAACUUUCAAGUAUAUUGAGUACAUUGGAUGAAGGCCAAGUGAUGAAAUUUGACUUGGUUACUAAAUCACAA